UUCGAAAAUAAUAGUAGCAGUUCCGUUAAAUACAUCGAAUGUUUCAAUGCUCAAGAGACUCUUCAGUACCAGCCACUCGCAUUCUUUCUCAGAAGACGAGGGAGUGUACAGGAGGAAAUCUGCUAUACAGAUCUUGGCGCCGAAUGAUGGAGACAAAGAGUUCAAGAGCUCUGUGAGGAAGGUGUCCAAGAGUUUAGAGGACGAGAAAAAAAUCCGAGCUGCCAUAGAAAAUAAUGAAUUCAUCAGACACGUCAUCUCAGAAAAGAGAUUUGAAGCCAUCUUCCGCACGAUCUUCUCCCAAGAAGUGAAAAAAGGCGAGCAGAUAAUCAGAGAGGGAGAAAUAGGCUCGGAACUGUACAUCUCAGCUUCCGGAAAGUUCGAAAUCUACAACAGAGGUGGCGGAACGCUGCUAACCUUCGAUGACACCAGAGUUUUCGGAGAACUAGCCUUACUUUACAACGAGAAACGAAAAGCCUCAGUACGAGCCUUAACGAAAGGCAGAUUAUGGGUGCUCCAAAACAAGACCUUCAAGGAGAUAGUCCACCGGUCGGAAGAAGAAGAAAGAAAGGAAUUGGUGUUCUUCCUCGGAAAGGUCCCUACCUUGAACACGGUGCCUUCAGACACUCUUGGUUUUGUGGCAGGUCUCCUCAUCCCAAAAUUCUUCGAAUCGGGCGUUGACAUAGUCCAAGAAGGUGAAAAAGGCCACUCUUUCUUCAUUAUCCGGGCAGGGUCAGUAAAGGUGAAGACAAAAGGAGAUGGAACGGUCGCAACUUUGUCCACUGGCCAGUAUUUUGGCGAGAUGGCCCUCAUCAACGAAGACGUUAGAAAGGCGACAGUCCAAGCAGAACCACCAGGUUGUGAAUGCCUGGUCUUGAGCCGAAAACACUUCAUAAAACACUUCGGGGACGUCAAAGACUUCCGAAGGAUUUCAGCGACUAACAGAAUCAAGAACCUUUCACUCAAAGAAGAUCACAAAUACCAAGAUCUAGACCUUAGGGAACUGAAGAGGGUUAGGACGAUAGGUGCUGGUGGUUUUGGUCGUGUGGAUUUAGUACAGCACAGGAAGGAUGUCGACUUGGUGUUCGCGCUCAAAUACCUCAAGAAGUACAAGUGCAUGCUGCAAGAACAGAGGGAACACGUGUUGAACGAGAAAAACGUCCAGAUGAACUGUAGUUGUCCUUUCAUAAUAAGGAUGUUCAAAACAUUUAGGGACUCUCGAUAUCUUUACUUUCUGAUGGAGGCUCAACUAGGUGGAGAUUUGUGGAGACUCAUGUACUACACCAGGAGGAAGCCUUUCGACGAGCAAGAUGCUAGAUUCUACGUUGGUUGCGUUAUUGAGGCUUUUCUUUAUUUGCACGAACGAGGCAUAAUUUACAGGGACUUAAAACCAGAGAACCUCCUGAUAGCCAAUGAUGGUUACGUCAAACUCACAGAUUUUGGUUUCGCUAAGAUCAUAGGAACCAAUAGGACACAUAGUAUGGUUGGUACUCCCGAUUACAUGCCCCCUGAAAUAGUUCUGAACGAGAGCCAUGACAGAGCAGUGGACUGUUGGACUUUGGGCAUCUUCAUCUACGAGCUGAUCACCCUGAAGACUCCUUUCAAAACCUGCUGCGACCGUGACACGUACAAACUCAUUCUAAAAGGUCUGGAGCACUGCAGAUUUCCCAGCCACGUUUCUGUGAAAGCCAAGAAUUUGAUAAGUAAACUGUGUCAGUACAGGCCAACAGAUAGGUUGGGCUACUCCAAGAAUGGAGUUGGAGAUGUUAAGAAACAUCAUUGGUUUGCUCACUUCGAUUGGAGCGACCUCAAGCGGUUGAAAAUGAAGGCGCCGCAUGUUCCAAAACUUAUUGGGAAUCUUGAUUUGAGCUACUUUGGUUCUUAUAAAGAUGAUGAUGCGGAAGUACCUGAAGUUAUAACUAAUUGGGAUGAUGAAUUCUGAGAUAUUUUGAAGGAGUCUUAUUGGUUUUUUAGAUCUCUAAAAGUUGAGGUUUGUGAUAUCUGAGUUCAACCCCUAAGGCUGACUUCAGUUAUCUUAUCCGACUUCGCUAACUGGUGACAGUUAGUUAAUUCUCAGGAAAAUCAAUAGCACACUAAAAAAUCAAUUGGUAAGAUCUCGUUCCAAAUCUAUAGAUAGACAAAGCUUCUUUUCCACCAUCUAACUUUCUGAAUGAGUUAGUGUAGUUGAGAAUAAAUUUGAUUUGAUUUAUUAUAAAGCGUCAAAAUACAUUCGUAAAAUAGCUCACUGAAAUUAUGACUUGUAUUUAGGAAAUACCAAUAAGUUUGCAUUGUCAUCGAUAUCACACAUGUUCUGGAAAAAUACGAUAUGAUAACAAAAUAUAAUUGAAGAAUUUUUCUAAACCAUCAAGUUUUCAUAAGUUUCAAGAGGUCAGAAGCUAAUUUGGCUAUCUUAAGGACUUUUCAAACUUAAUUGCUGCUUUUGUAGCCAAAAUUCGAGGAGAUCUUUUUUCUGCUAUAAAGUUUACAUUUAAUGGAAAGCUCCAGAUCAAAUGGUCAUUGUGCUAAAUUAAUAGGCACCUUUAGAUUCUUGUCCAAAAGGAAAAAAUCAUCAUUUAGAUUGUAUAUUUAGGCUGUAUUUUUAUAAAAAAAUAAAGACUAAUUUUGAAUCCUA